AUGUUUGCAAAAACUCCCACUGGUAUGUCUAGGAAAUCAUUCAAACGUGAAUCGCUCAGAUUCCCUUUUGAGAGACGUCGGAUGCGCAUCUCGCGCCCAGCUGCGGACUGAUUGUGUUUCUGCUGAUAAGGCGACUUUCAUGAACCCAGAAGCCAUAUUCCCUCUCGCUUGCUUGAGUCACAGGUCUCGUCUUUGAUUGUAAAGCUGGUGUCUUCAAGCAGCGCUAUGUCUACAAGCAAUCCAGCAUCGUAUGUGCUGGUGAAUUCUAGCGAUUCUCAUGCAGAGUCGGAUGAUCUUGAUACAGUGCACACGGGGCUGGUGGGCUACUUCUGCGGACGACUGACGCUUGCUCCGCUGGAAGAGAUGAAUCCGAAGAGUAUCCUGGAGCUUGGAGCUGGAAGUGGUGCUUGGGCUAUCGAUGCAGCUGCCAGAUUUCCUCAAGCGCACGUUCUGGCCACGGAUCUUUUUCCGAUGCCGCCUCGGGGCUCCAUACCGUCCAAUUUGCGCUUUAUGCAGCUUGACCUAUCGAAAUCCUAUCCUUUCGAAGAUGAGAGUUUCGACGUCAUACAUGGGCGUUUCAUCAUAAUGCAUUUAGCCAAUGGCCCUGAAGCGCUUAGUCGCAUUGUGAAAUUGUUGAAGCCAGGAGGAUGGCUGCUUCUUGAAGAACCGGAUGAUGAACUUCUAGAUCAUAACGGCCGCAACACUGGACUAGCCGGGGCUUCUGCUUUUGCACAGAAAUUCCAUAACGCUUUGCGUAGGCGUGGCGCCGACCCAGUGAUUGGGCCUAAACUCGCAGAGUUGCUGAAGAGGUCGUAUCAGUUCAUGGAGAUCAACGUGAAAUUGGUUACGCUACCGCUCUCCGGUCACGAUUUCGGUUCCGCGGCGAAUGCUCUGGCGAAGGUGUGGAAAGCCCGGUACAAACAUCUCGGCAGGACUACUCCCGCAAAGCUUGCAGGCGAAGGCAUGACCGAGGAGGAUGGAAGGGAGUUCAUCGCACGAUUGGACGACCCCAACUUCAAUCAGACCAGCAUGCUGAAUAUCGUAUGGGCUAAGAAGAGGAUAGACUAUGCACACAGUCCGCGACUAAUUCGAGCGAAAUAUUAGUCUGCACUUUGGUGAUAGCAUCCAUACCAUGAGAAAUGGAGAAUUAUGAUGGAGCAAGUUGUUGCACGUAAGGUUGAGCUGUACCCCCAUGCAGACUGAUUCCUUUCUCUGCGGCAGUCGUCUUCAGGUUGAGGAGAUAUGGGAUCCGCCUAGCAGUUAUACACGCGUCACAUGCACAUUCGUUGCAAAUGUAUUUUAUAUACAUGGUAGAAUUUGUGGGAUUUGCGCC